AUGAGCGUCUAUGGGCUCGCAAUGCCCGCCUUCUUGCAAACCGUUCCUCGGUCAGGUCAACUUGUCGGCUACCAAAGAUGCCUUUAUCGAAUCGGAACUACCAAAGGCCGAGUGUUAGGCCUCACUACAACCUUUCUCUACGCUUCAGUGUCCGUUUACCAAUACAUGAGUGGUGAACCAUGGCAUCUAUCUGCCGCUGCUAGUCUUACUACCAUUGGCUUGGUGCCAUUUACAGAGAUAGUGAUGGCUCCAACUAACAAUGCGCUGGCUCGCCUAGAGACUGAAACGAACAAGGGAAUGGUAGUUUCCUGGGAGGAGACCGAGCAGCUGGUGCAAAGAUGGGACCGAUUAAACGCAGUGCGAGCACUCUUUCCGUUGGCAGGGGCAAUUUUGGGCUCGCUGAGAGCGCUACAGCUAGUGAACUUAUAA